AUGGAUGGAGGUAAAAAAGCUAACAAAAAUACUAAUCCUGCUGAAAACCAGAACGUAUUAUCACAAUUAUUUUUUCUUUACAUGUUUCCAAUAUUUAAAAAAACUUAUCAGUAUGAUUUAUCAGAAGAUGACCUUUUUUUACCUUUAGAAGAACACACUUCGAACAUAUUGGGAUCACGCUUAGAAAAAAUUUGGGAUGAAGAAUUCGUCAAAAAUAAAAAAUUCUCGUUGCACAAAGCGUUAUUCAGAAUAUUUGGUUUAAAGUUUGUGAUAUUUGGUAUCAUAAAAUGUAUAGAUGAGGUUAUGUUGAUUAUUGUAAUUCCCAAGUGUAUCGGAAAGUUGGUAUCAUUUUUCGAAACAGCGCAGACUCGUAUAUCGAAAACGGAAGCUUACUAUUACGCGGGAGGACUCGUUGUUUGUUUAUUUACAGAUUCUCUUAUGGCACAUCCUACUUACAUGGGAUUACAACACAUCGCUAUGAAAAUAAGAAUAGCUUGUAGUUCGUUAAUUUUUCGAAAAAUGAUGAAAUUUAACCGCAGCGCUUUGGUUAAUACCACAGCUGGUCAUCUGAUUAAUUUAUUAUCUAAUGACGUCAGUAAAUUUGACGAAGCGUUCGUACUUGUGCACUACUCAUGGAUAGGACCGAUACAAGUAGGCGUUGGAAGUUUUUUAUUAUACAGGGAAAUUGGAAUAGGAUUUAUAUACGGGGUGGUGUUUUUAAUACUAUUUGUUCCGUUUCAAAUUUGGUUAGCUAAAAGAACGUCUGUAUUGCGACUGCGCACUGCUUUAAUAACAGAUGAAAGAGUACGAUUAAUGAAUGAAUUGAUAUCUGGUAUUCAAGUCAUUAAAAUGUAUUGUUGGGAAAAACCGUUCGAAAAAUUUGUAUCGAUGACGAGGGGGAAAGAAAUUAAAUCAAUAUUACUACAUUCGUAUAUAAUAGGAAUAAUUUAUUCCUUUGAAAUAUUCAUUUGUCGAACUUCGAUAUUCAUAAGUGUCUUAAGUUAUAUUUUAUUGGGUAGAUACAUUACUGCAGAAAAAGUGUUCGCAGUUACUGCGAUCUACAAUUGUCUCAGACCAACCAUCACCAUGUUGUUUUCCCUAAGUAUUUCCGCUUUGGCGGAAAUCAACGUAUCCAUCACGAGGAUACACGAAGUUUUGAAAACCGACCGAGUUGAUUACAACGAAAUUAAUUAUUCCGAUGGAAAUAUACAAUCAAGCGGAGAAAGUGGUGUAAGGAUACAAUUUCAGGAUGUCUGUGCCAAAUGGGUGGAAGGAGACGUUGAAAAUACGCUGAAAAAUAUUAAUUUUCAAGUAUCUUCAAAUAUGUUGGUUGCAAUCGUCGGACCCAUCGGUAGUGGAAAAACCACCAUUUUAAACACCAUCUUAAAAGAGCUUCCAAUCAAAUCGGGCACAUUAAAAAUUAUAGGAAACAUAUCGUACGCUCCACAAGAACCUUGGCUGUUCGCAGCUAGCGUAAAAGACAACAUACUAUUUGGAGAAGAAUACGAAGAAGACCGUUACAAAACGGUUAUAGACAUCUGCGCUUUGACGAAAGAUCUUAACACACUUCCGCACGGCGACAGAACGUUGGUAGGGGAAAGAGGAAGAGCUUUAAGCGGUGGUCAAAAAGCUAGAAUAAGUUUGGCGAGAUGUGUUUAUAAAAAAGCGGAUAUAUACCUUCUCGAUGAUCCUUUAUCUGCCGUUGAUGCUACCCUUGGUAAACACCUAUACGAUCGUUGCAUUAAACUAUUCCUAUCAAAUAAAACAUGUCUGUUCGUUACGCAUCAAUUACAAUUUCUCAAAACUGUUGAUAAGAUAAUAAUCCUCAAAGAUGGUACCAUAGAAAUGACGGGAAAUUAUGAGGAACUUAUCAAUAGUGGACGGGAUUUCGCUGAAAUGAUGCAGGAGUUCCAAGAAGAAGAUUUGGAUGAGAAAAAAAUUAAAUCGAAACAAUCCAGCUUCUUUAUAGAAGAUAAUUGUUACAACGAAGAAGAAUUUGUGGAAGGAGAGCACUUAGAAAAAGGAGGAAUCGAUUUAAAUGUGUAUUUGGCUUACUUUAAAGCCGGCGGGAAAGCUUUCGACAUAACGAUGUUGAUAUUUCUAUUUAUUGCCUGUCAAAUAUUUGGUAAUGGGGGCGAAUAUUUUUUAACCUAUUGGGUGAAUCUAGAACAAGAAUACGUCAUUUACAACACAAAAACAUCAAAAAAUAUAAACAGACUCAUAGUAAUUGUACAUUAUUCAUUGAUUACUCUAGGUACUAUAUUGGUAGCUGUAGUAAAAUCCAUAUAUUUCAUGGCUUAUUUCACUUUCGCUUCGAAAAAUUUACACGAUUCCAUGUUUUCUCGUGUACUUAACGCGCCUUUGAAGUUUUACCACAACAAUCCCACGGGAAGAAUUCUAAACAGAUUUUCAAAAGAUCUCGGAAUUGUUGAUGAAUAUUUACCUUCAGUGCUCAUAGAUGUCAUUGAGAUAGCUCUUCAGCUUAUCGGCGUCAUAAUCUUAUCUUCGAUAGCAGAACCGUACUUAUUAAUAGUUUCUGCUUUUUUAAUUUUGGUUUUUAAUCUAAUACGGAUAAUUUAUAUUAAAACAAAUAGGGCAGUUAAGAGAAUUGAAGCUACGACAAAAAGUCCAAUGUUUAGUCAUCUAACUGCUACUAUUUACGGUUUAGAUUCUAUAAGGGCGUUUAAGGCAGAAAAUAUGUUAAUACAACAAUUCGACGACCUACAAGACAUUCACAGUUCAGCUUGGUUUUUAUACAUAGCUGCCAGUAAAUGUUUUUCUCUUUGGUUAGAUCUCAUCUGUCAAUUUUUUAUAAUCACAGUUAUUUUUACACUGUUAUUUUUCAAUAAAGAUAUGUAUGGGGGCGAUAUGGGUCUUAUAAUCACCCAAUAUUUAAGUCUCAUGGGUUCUUUUCAAUGGGGAAUGCGCCAAUGGACGGAAUUAGAAACAAACAUGAUAUCUGUCGAAAGAAUAUUACAUUAUACAGAACUAAAUAUUGAACCAAUAUUAAAAGAAAAUCCCGAAGUUUCUGUAAAUUGGCCGGAAAAAGGAGAAAUAGAAUUUAAACACGUAUUUUUGAAAUACGAUUUUAAAGAAUCCCACGUGCUAAGUGAUUUAAAUUUCUCGAUAAAACCAGCUGAGAAAAUUGGAAUAGUAGGUCGUAGUGGUGCCGGGAAAUCAUCAAUUAUCAUAGCCCUUUUUCACUUAUAUAAUAUCGAAGGGUCUAUUUUAAUAGAUGGAGUGGAUACUACAAAAAUAUCUUCAAAUUUAGUUAGAUCGAAAAUAUCUAUUAUACCUCAAGAACCAAUACUGUUUUCAGCUAGCGUCCGACAAAAUCUCGACCCGUUAAAUAAUCACACCGAUGCAAUUCUUUGGAACGCUCUAGAAGAUGUAGGAUUAAAAAAUAUUUUCAAAGAAUCCGUUGACGGUCUGUAUACUCGUAUUUUUGAAGGAGGUAUUAAUUUCAGCGUCGGACAAAGGCAGUUGAUAUGUUUAGCAAGAGCACUUAUCGAAAAUAAUAAAAUACUCGUACUAGACGAAGCUACAGCUAAUGUCGAUCCGCUUACAGACGCCCUCAUACAAGAAACCAUUCGAAAGAAGUUUUCCCGUUGUACAGUUUUAACUAUAGCACAUCGAUUGCACACUGUUAUGGAUUCUGAUAGGAUUCUUUUAAUGAAUAGUGGUAUAGUCGAAGAAUUUGAUGAACCUUACAUCUUAUUACAAUCUGAAAAAGGUGGUUUAAGACAAUUAGUUGAAGCUACUGGCCCAAAAAGUGCUAAAUAUCUAACAAAAAUUGCUAUAAAGGUAUUUAGAUUUACAUAGAAUAUUUUUUCUGCAAAUUAUGUUAUUUCUUUUAGAAUCACG